AUGACGAAGAGCAGCCUCGCGCGGCUCUCAGAGGUCCUCUACGUGGAGCUCGCGCCGUUCGGCCUCUCCACCUUGCACGUCAGCGCGGGCUGCGUGCGCACGAACGUCGCCACAAACGCAUUGGAUGCCUUGCGCCUCCAGCCAGACUCGUGCUACGGCGCAUGGCGCGACACAAUCGCGGAGCGCAUCGGGUAUAGCCAGCGUCCGCACGCGAUACCUACAGAACACUUUGUGCGAUACCUUGUGGGCGAGGUGCUGCAGAAGCGUCCACCGAGGCGUAUCACGUAUGGGGGAUUGCGGUGGUUGAGCACGCUGGCGGGGUGGUGGCCUUGGCAGUGCUGGGUGAUAACGCUCAUGGGUGGCUUAUGGCGAGUCAGUCGCAGCGAACGCCAGCCUGAGCGACGACUUGAGGGCGACAAGUGUUCCGUCUUCCGUGGCUAUGAGGUGAUGUCCUCCGACAUGAGAUAG